AUGCCUCACAACACCCGUCAUUCUGCUGCUUCACAAGCCUGUACAAAGACUUCUACCCUGUGUCUCAGUCUCCUCAAACUACCUGUUCCAGAAGUUCUGGAUAAUGGAGAGGAUUCAGUCAAUGAUGAGAUGAAGAAGCAGGUGAAUGAGAAGAAUAUAGAGACUCAGUCUGAGAAUUCUUGA